UUUGGUGGCUGCACGCCGGCGGACGCUUUGACUGCCCAAAAUCUUGGCAAAGGGUGGGUGUGGGGAAAGUUCGACCCCACUAUCGGAACCUCUCUUUAUAAGAAGUCACGAAGGGUCCACCGCCAUCUUCUGAACACAAUCUUGCGAAUCUAUGACUGUACACUCCAGAGAGAUCAUCUGUUGAAUCGUGUCAAUUUUCAACCACAUAUCAAUAGCUAUCCCGUCUGCAUCCUCGCAACUAUGGCGCCCAAACUUCGUAGCAGCACCGUCGCUAACAUCCACACUCCGAAUCGAGACCCCAGCCAGUCCAGCCCGGGUUCUUCUUCUCCGAACAGGAACGAAUUCUCACAACAAGAAAAUGAUAUUGUCGAGGAAUCUCAAAGGUCGCCAAAAUCCAAGAUGCAGCAGCUGAUGGAGGAUAUGGAAGGUGCUCAACGCAAACGCCGCGCAGCAAACAAACAACGCGUGUCAAAAGCCUACAUCACCGUCCAAACCAGUACCCGUGUAUCCAUCACCACGCUGUUUGAUACGCACCAAAAGAACGCUGAUGAAGUGUACGAAGCCCACAUCUCGCGACUGAAGAGUCUUUUCGAGCAAAAAGUCGAGAUUGAACAGACCAUGAAGGAGAGGCUCGAGGCCGUUCGUCGCGAUUAUCUGGUGCAAGUGGAUGCGUUGAAGAAGGUUGUUGAGUUUCGGUGCAAAGAACUCCGUUGAGUUGCGUACCCAGGUAGUGGAGGAGGAUGAGUUCGGCACACCCAGAGACACCUCCGAUAUG